UCCGCGCGAGGUGUGCCUUUUGGUGUGCAGGUGAGAGCGAAGUGCGGCAGUAAACGGCGGUAAACGCAAAUCGGGAGACCGUUAGGACGUAACCGGCAGGGGGAAACAUGCAGGCGGACGACAAGCGCACUCCGCAGCAGAAACAGCAGGCUGUUUCAACGGCGAACAAGUCGCAACGGAGCGUGCCGGACGGAUGGUUAUUCAGGAAGGCAAAAGACACAGUGGAUCACAAAGUCAAAAUCGAUGUCGAUGAAAAACCAAUCAAAAUCAAUGUCGACCUAUUUGCAGAAGAAUACAAUAUGAAGCAUAAAAGACGAGGAGUAGCGAUUAUACUAAACAAUGUUCACUUCAAAGACAUGUCCACGAGACACGGCUCCACAAAGGACUCCGUAGAUCUUAAGGAAUCAUUAAUCAGGCUUGGAUUCGAAGUACGAGUUUUCAUCGAUCGAGAUAUGAAAACUAUCAACACAGUCUUAGAGUCGACCGCUGCGGAAGACCACACGGAUGCCGACUGCCUGAUCGUGAUCGCAAUGUCACACGGAGAAUCGGGUUUAUUGUAUUCGAGCGACGGUCUGUAUCCAGUCGAAACACUGUGGACUCCCUUCACGGGCAAUCGAUGCACCAGCUUGGCCGGGAAACCAAAGUUGUUCUUCAUUCAGGCAUGUCGCGGAGAUGAACUGGACAAAGGAGUGAAGAUUUCUCUUCAUGAAACGGAUAGCAUGUCGAGUAAUACAUACAGUAUUCCCAUCUAUGCAGAUAUCAUGAUCGCAUAUGCUACUUAUGACGGUUUUUAUUCGUGGCGCAAUUCGGAGAGGGGCUCCUGGUUCAUACAGGCGCUCUGCGAGGAACUGAACCUCCACGGACACAAGCGCGAUCUACUCAGCCUAAUGACCUUUGUUAAUCGCCGCGUCGCCAUCGAGUAUCAAUCCUACGUACCAGAAAACGCGACAUGGCACGCAAAAAAGCAGAUCCCUUCGAUUGUGUCGAUGCUGACCCGCCUUGUGUACUUCCCCGACAAACGUUCGGCACCGGACAAUAUCGAUGAUAGAUCGGAGGAAAAGAAAACUGAAAAACCAACAUAAGAGUGGUAAAACACUCGUUUUCUCGAACGAACAUGAUGGAUUCUCCGAUAAAAAUCGACAGAUUGAUUCCAAUCGAGUUGUUUGGAUGCAUUGAAGCUUCUUGAAAAGUGAUUAUUGAUUGAAAUGCGCUCGGACUUCGCUAUAUGAAGAAUUUUUAAGAAUAUGGAGUAUAAAAAAGAGA